AUGCAGAGAUAUUUAACUAUAGAUGAGAUGAAAAAGGCUGAGGAGUUUCUUAUACGGCAUGCCCAAUUAACUGCCUUUAAUUCGGAAAUUACAGCUCUUCGACGAGGUAAACCUAUUCCUGCACAAAGUAAGUUAAAAGGUCUUGACCCUUUUCCAGAUGAGAAUUCUCUUUUAAGAGUUGGAGGAAGAUUAAAAAAAUCAAAUUUAUUAUUUGAUUGUAAACACCAGUUAAUUUUGCCUCCUACUCAUAGAGUUCCUGUAUUGAUUUUUGAAUAUUUUCAUAAGAAGUACCUACAUAUUGGAGCGCAGGGUUUACUUCAUCAGGUGCGUUUGAAAUAUUGGCCCAUUCACGGCAAGGGCUUGGCUCGUAAGAUAGUUCAUGCUUGUGUGAUUUGUUUUAAAAACAAACCAAUUGCAGCAAGUCAGGUCAUGGGUAAUCUUCCCACUGAGCGUAUAACUCCGACUUCACCCUUUCUUAAUUGUGGCGUUGACUUUUGCGGACCAUUUCAUGUACAAUUCAAGGGUCAACGCAAGGGCAUUUUUCCUAAAAUCUAUGUUGCUAUAUUUAUAUGUUUAUCCACAAAGGCAAUCCAUUUGGAGGUAGUGAACAGACUUGACAUCUGA